GCACCGUCUCCAUUUGACGGAAAGAAACCCACAGACAUCAUUAUAUCGACCUUUGAUCACGUCAACUUCUAUCUUGUCAAAGUGAUUCUGAUCAUAGCAUCGCCUUUUUUUAAGGACAUGUUCUCCCUCGCUCAGCCCCCGAAGGAGGUGUCUACAGAACUGGACCACAUUGAUGUCUCUGAAGACUGCAUCACCUUUGAAACCCUCAUGCGCCUUUGCUAUCCUGUCAGUCAGCCGAAGAUAACUGACUGGACACUUCUGGAGAAAGUAUUGGAAGCAGCUAUGAAAUAUCAGAUGGAG